AUGGAACAUGACGUCCUGCGCCCUUGCAGGGUCUUCUCGCAAUGCGCACAGGAUCCUCUAGGGGGCUCCCUGGAAGAGUUGGGCAGCUCCUUCCUCCCCUCCCGCCUUACAAGAGAACUGAGCAUGUGCCGGCCUCUUUCCCAAAUAUUGGUGGGUCCAUCUAAAUUUCCUUUUUUAAAUUUUUUCCUUCCCUUCUGCUUUGGAGCUGUACUAGAGACCAGAGAGAAGAUGGAGGGACAAUACCCAGCAGAUGCCGAAAUUAGAAAAGGCCCUCCGGCUGCUCAGCCUUGGACCUGUGGGAGGAAUGGGGCAAUGAAUCCUGGGCAGAAGAGCCAUGAAGAGGCAUCCAAUAGUUCAGAGGUCCAAUGCUGCCACUUCAGAAAAGUGCAGUUUCAGGAGGGGAGCCGCCCCCGAGAUGUUUGCACUCAGCUUCACUACCUUUGCCGUCAGUGGCUGCAACCAGAAAAACACACCAAGGCUCAGAUGCUGGAUCUGGUGCUCCUGGAACAAUUCCUGGCUGUGCUUCCCCCAGAGAUGGCAAAAUGGGUGCGGGAGUGUGGAGCAGAGACCAGUUCCCAGGCGGUGUCCCUGGCUGAAGGCUUCUUGCUGACCCAGGAGGAGGAAAACAUGCAAGAAGAGUUGCAGGUGGGAGAAUGUAAUCAUGGCAGCUCUAAAGGGGAUCUCUCUGAAUUUGUCAAUUUCUCCCAGGCAGAGUUUUCUGGGAUUAUUAAUUCCUAAGAGAAUUUGUUCUAUUCUUCCAGGGAUGUA